CUUACUCCUUGAAUUUAUCUCUUCAUAUUUUCUUUAUUUUCUUUCAAUUUACACGUAGGGUUUUCAAAGUUAGAGAGAGAGAGAGAAGUGUGUAGAGUGAGAUAAUGCAGACUCCAUACAAUACUUCAACGCAGGGGCAAUAUUGUCAUUCUUGCUCAAUGUUCCACCACCAUAGCCAAAGCUGCUGCUACAACAACAACAACUCCAACUCAAACGCCGGCGUUUACCAGCAUAACGGCGAAGGUUAUUACUCUGCCUCCGUCGUUGACUGUACACUAUCUCUUGGCACUCCUUCCACACGUCUCUGCGAGGAGGAUGAGAAACGCAGACGCACUGCUUCAUAUGGUGCUUCUUCUAGCAUUUCCAACUUCUGGGAGUUGCUUCACACCAAAAACAAUAACACCAAAACGACGCCGUCUUUUGACGCCCCUUCUUUCUCUACUAGUAAUCCCAUCAAGCCAAUACUCGGUUGCUCCAGCAUUUACGGCGGUGGCGACUCUCUCCUCGCCCGACGCUGUGCCAAUUGUGACACCACUUCAACUCCACUCUGGAGAAAUGGUCCUAGAGGCCCUAAGUCCCUGUGCAACGCAUGCGGCAUUCGUUUCAAGAAGGAGGAGAGAAGAACCACGACGGCUUCAGGGAAUGCCGUCGUCGGAGCCUCACCGGUAGCAGGGGUUCCGUACGGACAUCACAAUGCCGGCUACAACAAUUACAACAUUAACCCUGGUAACAACAACAGCGGUACUUCGUGGGCUCAUCAUCACACGACGCAGCAGAGGGCUCCGUGCAACUAUCCGGCAAACGAGAUCAGGUUCAUGGAUGAUUACGGAAGCACUGGAGCUAAUAACGGUGACUCUGACGGUAGCCACGGCGGCGUUCCGUUUCUUUCGUGGAGGCUAAAUGUGGCAGAUAGGGCAAGUCUUGUCCAUGACUUUACCAUAUGAAAAAGAAAAAGAAAUUGACAUUAGAUUCUUAAAAUAGCAUUGUAGUUUAAUCUAGUUUUCUUAAAAAACGAAGAAAAUGUUUGAAAAAGAAGUGUAUAUCGCGAGACGAUGUUGAUGGUAUUGAUAGUGACGAUCUAAUUAACUUAUGACUUAACUAUUUAAAAUCAUUCUCUAUUGCAGAUUCACAGAUAUAAACCUAC